CACAAUGAAGGUUUUAAUCUUAUUAAUAAUUGUUUAUUCAGCAUGGAAAGUUGAUUCUAAUCCUUUAUUUAAAAUCCAUGACUUACAGUUCAAUGGAAACUUCAGUGAGAUAAUUUUCAAGACAAGAAUCCUUUUGUCUAAAUACUCGGCAGUUGAUGUUUCAUUAAACGAAACAAAUUACAGCUAUGAAUUCGCUAUAAUGCAAGUACAUUGCCAUCAUCAACCAAUUUCAAUAAGCCUAGAAAACAGUUCUAAUGGAUCAAUCGAACAAUAUGGAACUAAUAUUGGAUUUCUGUUAAAAGCUGAUCAUUCUGAGAAAUUAUUUAAACUUACAAAUGAUAAUAUUGAGGAUGUACAAUGCAUUAUCGCACUUAUUGCUUAUCCAAAAUCAUCUCCAAUGCCUGGAAGUUGUGCUGUAAAUUCUGCAAUUGUUGACAUGAUAAAAUUAGUCGAGGAACCGACAUAUUUGGCUGCAAUAAUACCAAAUAAGUCUUGUAAUGGCUCGGAACUGAUUUAUGAGACAUAUUACACAUACAUAGAUAUGAUGGAAUUCAGUGCUGAUGCCUAUUUUGUCGCGAUUGAGAAAAUGCUUUAUGACAGCAUAACUAAAACCUAUCAGGCAAAGAAAGUUCCUAUCGACAAUAAACACUUGUUUGAGAAAAUUCCAGGACGAGCCAUCAUAAUAAAUACAUUAAUUAAAGGAGAGAACGGAAAAAUGACAUAUUAUGUUCCAGUCGCAAGCUAUUCAUGUGAACCAAAUACAUGGUCAUCACAUUGUACAGAGAAUGAUUUCGUUAAGCGAGGAUUCAGCAUUGUCUUGAUCUUAUUUUCUGUUGUUAUGAUACUUAACUUAAUGGCACCAGAAUUUAUUGAAUCAAUCCUGAAUGGAAUGCUUUUGGGUGGCUUUAUAACAAUUCUACUCAUGAAAUCGUAUGACUUUGAUUUACAAGGAUUUGAUUAUUUCAUAACUGUCAUAGUCGGUUCGUUUGUUGUGUCUGCAAUCUUAGGAUUGAUUACAAUUUAUUUCGCAAUUGGUCAAUUUAUGUCCAAAUUCACAUUAAGCUUGUUCUUUGUGGUUUUUAUUAUGGAAAUAUUCUGCGAUAACAUCACGUCUGCAUAUCUAGAAGUUAUUAUAGCAAUAAUCUUAUCAAUAUUGCUGACAUUUGUGCCAAUCACAUGUGCUGUAUUUCUUGGAAGUCUCAUACUGACCCUCAACAUCUCAUUUCUAUUCAAAUAUGGUAAUUUACAUCGAUUUAUGAUAAACAAUUUCUUAGCCUUAACAACAUUACCGGGAGAAAGUAUCAACGAGACAUAUUUUGAUUUUAUUAGACCUAAUUAUAUAAACUACAAAGUAUCACUUAGUUAUGUUGAUUUUAUCAUGCUAAUACUGUAUAUUGUUAUGUCAAUAUACUUUACUUAUCGCAAGGAAACCUUCUUUUCGGGACAUCCAGAAGCUUUAGAGCAAAAUGUCAUCCGCACUGAAUAUGAACGAAUGGAGGAAGAAAGUGCAGCGUGGAAUAAAGCAAGGCAUGAUGAUUUUAUCGCUCAGUUUGGAAAACAACAUGAUGUUGGGCAUUAUGGACCGAUUAAAGGAUGUAAAGGUCAUAAUAUAACUAAGCUCAGGCAGAUGCAUCCAUAUAAUGAUGGAGUUCGUUAUCCUCAAAAUCGACCACCAGUAAUUGACGUUAAUGAAAGUGAAAGCUUUCAUACACCUCCUGAAAAAUCCACAAUACCUGAUGAGCAUUGUAUACAUUGUAGAGGACAUCCACCAAGACCAAGAACUCCAGUAGACUCUGGAAAUCCAGGAACUUCUAAGCUUCAAACUUCUGCAAAGAUUGAAAAUGCUGAAAGCCCUGAUAAAAGUGAAAAUUCUGCAGAAAGUCUUGAAGUUCCUCAAAGUCGUCGUUCUACAAGACCAUCAAGCGAGUCAUACGAUCAGAUAAAUGUUCUUGGAUCUACAGAUAUUUUAAACUAAUGAAUUUUUGGUUCAUAAUCUUUCUUUAUUUCUUCAUUUAAUCUUAUUUUGAUCACGAUCUGUGAUAAUUUCUUGUUUUUAAAUCUGUAUCAAAUGAUAAUUGAUGGAACUUAACUUGGGGAUGUUUCUAGACUCCAAUUUGUCUCUGUUAUACCAUAAAUAUUCAAAUUCCAUCAACUAGCAAGUCUGACACAAAUAAUGCAUGCCAAUGUUACGUAUGUAUAAGAAAGCUUACAUUCUGAGGUUUAAUUUCCUUAUUAUUAUUAUUACUUAAUAUCCAUAAAUUGAUAUUUUCAUUUUGUUUUGUUUAUAUCCACAAGCUAAUGGCACAUAUUUAUGUUUGGAUAUACUUUUUUGUAUAAAAAAGUUAUGUUUCACUUAAAAAUUAAUAAAAAAAAUUUAAUCGGAAAAACAUUAACAAACAGUUUUUCAUUGUCUUCUCAU